CGACGAUCAUUCCGAGGUGAAGGCACAGCCAAAGCAACGCACUCCAUUCAGUAUACCGACGACCGUAGUGCUAGUAGGACAUACAUUUGUCACUUUCCAUAAAGUGUGUCUUGUAUCGUGUAAACACGAGUUGCGUUUUUGUGCUCAAUUAAUUUAAUUUUUCCGAAUAUCUACUUCCUACUUUAUCUUGCACUUCCACCUAUAUAGUGGCAAAUGCGUUUCUCGAAUGAUAUAAUGAUUGUUGGGUCAAACGUAUAACACGUCAACAAGUGAUCGUCAGUCGUCAUACUUGCAAGUGUGGAAACAGCUUCGACACAUUGCGAGAAAUGACAGACUAAAGACGAUCGAUAGCUCCAGUUGCAGGAAAGCCGCGCAAAGAGCUUGACGAUCAAAAGCUGUCAAUUAGGUUUUACGAAAGCAAACAAGAAAACGUGCACAAGUUCUAUGCGUACAAGUGCUAAUAUGACGUAUCUGCGAUCAAUUGGGGAGGUGCUUUGGUUCUUGUUGUUGUCAAUCUUUGCGAUAUUGGAUGGCAUUAUCAGGUCAUUUAUUCCCAAGAGGUACAAAAUGAAGAGCAUAGAUGGUGAAAUCGCCCUUGUAACCGGUGGUGGUGGGGGAUUAGGGAGGCUUCUUUCUCUCAGGCUGGCCAACUUGGGCGCCAUCGUCAUUAUUUGGGAUAUAAACGAAGCCGGCAUUGAGGAAACUGUUAAACUUGUCCAAACAGCUGGAGGUACGUGUUACGGCUACAUUUGCGAUUUGUGCGAUCGGGCAGACGUAUAUAAAAAGGCUAAAAUUAUCAAAGAAGAGAUCGGAAAGGUGACGAUUCUUAUCAAUAAUGCGGGCAUUGUUACGGGAAUGAAGUUUCUCGAUACUCCAGACAAACUCAUUAUCAGGACAAUGGAUGUUAAUAUCAUGAGCCACUUUUGGACCGUAAAGGCUUUUCUUCCAACGAUGAUGGAAAAUAAUAAAGGGCACAUCGUAAGUGUGGCCAGUUUAGCGGGUCAAUGCGGAGUUCCGAAAUUGGUGGACUAUUGUACGUCCAAAUUUGCAGCAAUGGGAUUCGACGAAGCUCUUCGAAUUGAACUUGAGUACGAAGGAUAUGAUAUCAAGACAACAGUCGUAUGCCCUUAUUUCAUCCGCAGUACCGGCAUGUUCGACGACGUUAAAUCAAGAUAUAUUCCAACUCUAAGUCCAAACGCUGUAGCUGAUAGAAUAAUAAUAGCAAUGAGGUGCAACGAGAAAUAUGCCAUCAUUCCGGGUUACUUACAAAUUCUGCUUACUCUAAAGUGGAUAUUUCCAUGGCCAUGUGUCGCGAUGUUUCUUCGUGGAUUGGUUAGAGACGUUUCACCGAGCCUCGAAAAUAAUAAACAACGUGCAGCUACAGUUGCAACUAUUGCAGAAGAGGAAUGUAUAAUACCAGCAUCAAAAGAUCAGAACGGUACUGCCAUUCAUCAACAAUUGACCAGACGUGUCUCCAGCUCCGAAAGAAAGCCUUGAACUUUUUUGCUUUCAGUUUUAAUAAUGGUCCAAAAUUUGUUUUGUUUUUUUCUUCACAUCUUUGGCUUCCAAAGCAGCGCGUUAUAGUUAUAUAUUGAUUCUUUAAGAUUGACCUAUCUUUAGAAGAGAAACUCGAUGCAGUGCAUUUCAAGUUUACUAGAAUUAAACAGUAAAUAUUUUUGUUUUCAAUAUAUAACCUAAUAGAACAUAUAAAAAUGUUUCCACGUAGAUUUUGCGGCGAUUAUAUUGGCUAAUUAUUUCAAAAUCGUGUCAAUACAUUUAAAAGUAUCUUCACCCCGUUGUACAAGAGUUAUUAUGGCAAAAGUAACUUUAAAUGCAGUAAUUUUUUAAAUUCAGUCUAAAAUACGACUUUGUUGAAUUUCAAUGUUUUUGAGGUCACCUAUUACGAAUCUGCAGUCAGAAUUAGAAAAUUUAAAUGGCGGAUUUAAUAUGGCGGCUGCUAAUCGUAUUUUAAAAAAAAAAUUCUACAGGUAUUCAGCUAUUAUAUGCGUCUUUUUGGAUGUAUAUAAAUGAAUCAAGUCAAAAGUUAUUAUAAAAAAUGUGUAGACGAAUCAACUCGUUCUCUUGCACACAGAGAAAAAUGUCGAAAUAUUGAAAAAAUAUAUGUUUCUUGUGACGUUUUCUUCGAUAGUUAUUUGUUAUAAAAAAAUUUAUUUGUGAAAAUAAAAUAUAUAUUUUUGUGAAAUAUACUUUUAAAAUAUAUUUCUGUAAAAUAUAUCUUAUAUAAAGAGAUAACAUUCAGUAUGCGAACAAAUAAAUAAUUUAUUUGCUAGAAAUAAAACAUUUAAUUCGCUUUAUUUAAAUAAACCAAUUAAUAAGAAAAA